UAAACUGCUGCUGUUUAUGUGUAAGUGAAAGGCAUUUCACAUAAAAACCAUCAAAAGGUAUUACUUUAAACCUGGACAGACCAUAAAUGUUUUAAAUACACUGAAGAAAAAUGCAUGUCAGUAAUCGAUUUGCUUUGAUUCAGCUGAUUUUAUGUGGCACGUUUGGUGUUGAGACAGAUGAAAUCAAGACCAUAUCAGUGAUGACGGGAGAUUCUGUAGUAUUACAUACUGGUGUUAGUGAGAUUAACAGAGAAAAGCAGAUACUCUGGCUGUUUGGACCUGACAAUCCAGACACUCUCAUUGCUGAAAUAUAUAAGCUGAGUCUCUCUACAUUUGACAGUUAUAAGGGACUUAAAGACAGACUGCAGAUGGACCAGCAGACAGGAUCUCUCACCAUCAGAAACAUCACAACUAGUCACUCUGGGUUCUAUACGGCACAGAUUAUGAACGCGAUGACCAUAUUUAAAAAAUUCUGUGUUAUCGUUUAUGCACCUGUCUCAUUGCCAGUCAUUGAGAGCAGCUCACUGGUCAGCAAGUGUCAGAAAACUGUGAUGUGUUCAGCUGAGAAUGGACCGGGAGUCUCUCUGUCAUGGUAUACAGGGAAAGAAAGACUGAAUCAGACCAGCAGUCCUGACCUCAACAUCACUCUGUCUCUCCCGCUGGAGAUAAAAGAGAGAAACAAUGAUGUGUAUCAUUGUGUGGCUGCUAAUCCUGUCAGCAACAAGACCACACAAUUCAUCUUUCAGGAACACUGUCCACAAUAUACAGAUUCCAGUCAUUUCUGUGGUUUUACUGAAGCUGUGAUCCGAUUGGUUAUCUCUGCUCUGAUGGGAGUGGCUACCUUUGCUAUGCUGUUUUAUGAUGUCAGAUCUGGAAAGAAAUCAACGACAGCCCAUAAAUGUCCCAGUGAAAUGUAAAAUAAAUAAA